AACUUUUUAGCCACAUCGUGCAAACCGAAACGAUACUGAGUAAAUUCUUUCAGAAAAUGAGUUCCAAAAAUGUCAAACAAAUUUCAGAAUGCUUUAUCCACCCACACCAUGCUUCUGAAGAGUCAAAGAAGCCGUUCUACUUGACACCAAAUGAUCUGGCGUUGCUCUCUGUACACUAUAUCCAAAGGGGCCUUCUCUUUUCGAAACCACCAGAAGCAAUGUUAGAUCAGAAAAGCUUCACCAAUUCUCUGUUGGAAAGACUCAAGCAGUCUCUUUCCAUUGCGCUUGUUCAUUUCUACCCACUUGCAGGUCGCUUGGUGACCAAAAAAUCCGAGGACCCGGUUUUGUAUUUGGUGUAUGUAGAUUGCAACAACAGCCCUGGAGCCAAAUUCAUAUAUGCAACUUUGGACUUGUCAAUCUCUGACAUUCUUUCGCCAAUUGAUGUCCCGUUGGUGGUCCAAUCGUUUUUUGAUCAUGACAGGGCAGUCAACCAUGACGGGCACACCAUGUCUUUGUUGACGAUUCAGGUCACGGAACUUGUGGAUGGCAUCUUCAUAGGGCUAUCCAUGAAUCACUGCCUUGGUGAUGGAACCUCGUUCUGGCAUUUCUUCAACAUUUGGUCUGAAAUUUUUCAAGCACAAGCCCAAGGAGAUAAUAAUUCUGUAGCCACUAUCUCACGCCCACCUGUCCUCGAGCGCUGGUUUCCAGAUGGUCAUGGUCCAAUUAUCAGCCUCCCUUUCAAACACUCAGAUGAGUUCAUUGGCAGAUUUGAAGCUCCCCCACUCAGGGAGAGAAUGUUUCACUUCUCCGCAGAAUCCCUAGCCAAACUCAAAGCAAAGGCCAAUGCGGAGUCUGACACCACCAAAAUCUCUUCCUUCCAGUCUUUAUCUGCCCUUCUCUGGCGCUCCAUUACUCGAGCGCGUUGUCAACCACCUGAUCAAGGAACCAGCUGCAGGUUGGCUGCGAAUAACAGAGCGAGAUUAGACCCGCCAUUGUCCGGAGACUAUUUUGGGAACUCAAUUUACCCCAUUAGUUCAAAAAUGGUUCCAGCGGGUGAGCUGCUUGAACAUGGGCUUGGAUGGGCAGCGUGGAAGUUGCACGAGGCGGUGGUUAACCACAAUGACAAGGUGAUACGAGAGCAUACUAAUGCGUGGCUGGAGUCUCCCGUCGUGUACCAAGUGAGUGUUUUUGAACCAUUGAGUGUGACAAUUGGGAGUUCGCCAAGAUUCAACAUGUAUGGAACUGUAUUUGGAAUGGGAAAAGCGGUAGCACUUCGAAGUGGGUACGCACACAAGUUUAGUGGGAAAGUAUCAUCGUAUGAAGGACGCAAAGAAGGAAGCAUGGACAUGGAGGUGUGUCUUGUACCUGAUGCAAUGAGCGCUCUUGAAUGUGACAAGGAGUUUAUGGACUUUGCCUCUGUAUCACAUCAUUAGUCACAUGACUUGCUCAACCGCAAAAUUUGUAUGCUGCAAAUGAAAGAUCAGUCAUGUCCACAAUGCUUAAGAAGAGCUUAUCAAUAGCAUAAAUAUGCUUAACUUUGUAGUAAAAAUGACAGAAAAGUGGAUUAGGAGAAAUAAAAUAGAUAAUAUUUCAAGGAUAUGCUUGAAUAAGGUGUAUAUGGAAAAGGGAAACAACAUUACUCUCA